AUACGUAAGAUGUAUCUAUUAACUCUUCAUGUUCACAGAGGCCCCAGCAGGAAUCAACUGCAGUAAUGGAGAAGGAGAGAGGAAAACUAAGAGCUGCUUCUGAAUUGCGCCCCCCUGUGGGGUGUAACAGAAAGAGGCCUGAGAGGCAACAGUGUUACAGCCCACUAGCAUGCAUGUCUCCCUGGGUCUAUAGUCAGGCCAGAACAUAAAAGUAAACUGGGCUCCUAGCUAGGGCUGGUCAGUGGGCAGCACUUUAAUAUGUGUAGCUUAAUAAAAAGACCUCGCCAUCUUCUGUCUUCACCGUCUUCUUCCACAAUCAGCCAGUUCUUUUAUACUAGAGUGUCGUGAUGGAGAGAGCAGACUCCCCUGUACCCAGCUGUGUUUCCAUGAAGAGUGAUGCGUCAAUGGAUCACCCGAUGACCUUCAGAGAGGGACCUUUUCCUACAGAACAAAGAGACCAAAUGGAAGAAUGCAGUUCAGAUCUACAUGAUAAAUCGGGUUCAUCAUCCAUACUGAAGUCACUAGAGGAAAAAGCCAUGAAGUUCCCAAAGGCCGAGCUGAAGACGGUUGUGAGGCACCUAGAUCAGAAUUACCCAGAAUGCUCUGAGCCUCAGCUGGAGGAGGACAAUGACCUGGACUGUGAUGGUCAGAUGCAGAAGACCAGUGUUAGAGAGGUAGCUCUGAAGAUAACACUGUACAUCCUGAGGACCAUGAAGCAAGAUGAUCUUGCUGACAUGCUGGACAAGAGACAGCUCAUGCUGCAACAUCAGCAGGAAAUCAAAUGUAAACUUAAGAAGCAAUUUGAGUGUGUAUUUGAAGGGAAAGCUAAGGAAGGACAGCCAACACUUCUCAGUGAGAUUUACACAGAACUCUACAUAACUGAAGGUGGGACUGGAGCAGUCAAUGAUGAACAUGAAGUGAGACAGAUUGAAACAGCAUCCAAGAAAAGGCGAACAGAAGAUACUACAGUCAAGUGCAAUGAUAUAUUUAAACCCUUAUGUAGGCGUGAGACACCUAUCAGAACUGUACUCACUAAAGGGGUGGCAGGUAUCGGGAAAACAGUCUCUGUGCAGAAAUUCAUUCUCGACUGGGCAGAAGGAAAAGCAAACCAAGAUGUUCACUUCAUAUUUGCUCUUCCUUUCCGGGACCUGAAUUUGAUUAAGGGUGAAUACAGUCUGAUUGAACUGCUUCACCACUUUGUCCCAGAUCUGAAAUCACUUCAGUCCACUGAACCAUUUAGGAACAAAGUCUUGUUCAUCUUUGAUGGCCUGGAUGAGUGUCGCCUUCCUCUCGAUUUUCAGAACAAUGAGAGCUGGUUUGAUGUAACAAAGAAAACGUCACUGGAUGUGCUGUUGACUAACCUCAUUAAGGGGAAUCUGCUCCCAUCCGCUCUCCUUUGGAUAACCUCCCGGCCAGCAGCAGCCAAUCAGAUACCUGCUAAGUGUGUCCACCAGGUGACAGAGAUACGAGGGUUUAGUGAUACCCAGAAGGAGGAGUAUUUCAAGAAGAGAUUUAAUGAUCAGAGCCUGGCCAGCAGGAUUAUCACACAUGUGAAAUCAUCAAGAAGCCUCUUCAUCAUGUGCCACAUACCUGUGUUCUGCUGGAUUUCAGCCACUGUGCUUAAGACGUUUUUUAGUGAGACUGACAGGAGAGAAAUUCCAAGGACUCUGACUGAAAUGUACACACACUUCCUGAUCUUUCAGACAAGUUUAAAAAAUGACAAGUAUAUGAAAAACCAUGAAACUAAGCUUAAGGAAUAUAGCAAGGAAUUCCUUUUAAAACUUGGUAAACUGGCUUUUGACAACCUUGAGAAAGGCAAUCUCAUAUUUUAUGAGCAAGAUCUGUCAGAGAAUGGCAUUGAUGUCAAUGAAACUUCAGUUUACUCUGGAGUGUGCACAGAAGUCUUUAAAGAGGAGUAUGGGUUGUACCAGGAGAAGGUGUACUGCUUUGUGCAUCUGAGCAUCCAGGAGUAUCUCGCUGCUUUAUAUGUGUUUCUGUCAAACUCAUCAGCUGACCUGCUGAAGACUGCAGUGAAUCAGGCAUUAGAGAGCAAGAAUGGACACUUGGACCUCUACCUCCGCUUCCUCCUGGGCCUCUCAACAGACUCCAGUAAGACUCUGUUACAAAGGCUACUGGGGCCAACAGGAAUCAGCUCACAUACCAUUAUGGAAACAGCCCAAUACAUCCAUCCAUCCAUUUUCCAAACUCUUCAUCCAUUAGGGUCACGGGGAGUCCAGAGCCUAUCCCAGAAGCAAUGGGCACGAGGCAGGGAACAACCCAGGACGGGGGGCCAGCCCAUCACAGCUGCCCAGUGCAUCCAUCCAUCCAUUUUCCAAACUCUUCAUUCGUUAUGGUCGUGGGGAGACCUGAGCCUAUUCCAGAAGCCAUGGGCUCAAGGCAGGGAACAACCCGGGAUGGGGGGCCAGCCCAUCACAGCAGCCCAAUACAUCAAGGAGAAAAUAAAGAAGAAUUUAUCUCCAGAAAGGACCAUCAACCUGUUCCACUGUCUGAAUGAACUUGGUGACAAUUCUCUAGUAGAGGAAGUACAAAGAUAUCUGAAUUCAGGAAACAUUUCAGCAGAUGACCUCUCACCUGCACAGUACUCAGCUCUGGCCUUUGUGAUGCUGAUGUCAGAUGAGGAGCUGGAUGUGUUUGAUCUGAAGAAAUACAUCAGAUCAGAUAAAGAGCAAUGGAGGCUGCUGCCUGUGGUCAAGAACUCCAGGACGGCUCUGCUGAAGAGCUGUGAUCUCAUUGAUAAACACUGUGAAGUGCUGUCUUCAGCUCUAAGAUCAAACUCUUCCCCCCUGAGAGAGCUGGACCUGAGUGACAAUAACCUGAAGGAUUCAGGAGUGAAGCUGCUCUCUACUGCACUGGGGGAUUUACACUGUAAACUGGAGAUAUUGAGGCUGUCAGGCUGUAGAGUCACAGAAGAAGGCUGUUCUUCCCUGGCUUCAGCUCUGAAGUUAAACCCCUCACACCUGAGAGAGCUGGACCUGAGCUACAAUCACCCAGGAGACUCAGGAGUGAAGCUGCUCUCUGCUGUACUGGAGGAUCCCAGCUGUAAACUGGAGAAGCUGCAGGUUGGCUGGUGUGAACUCACAGAGAAAUGCUGUGAGGCACUGGCUUCAGCUCUCAGAUCAAACUCCUCACCCCUGAGAGAGCUGGACUUGAGUGACAAUGACCUGCAGGACUCAGGAGUGAAGCUGCUCUCUGCUGGACUGGGGGACUUACACUGUAAACUGGAGAUACUGAGGUCAGUCUGACUGGGUAUUCCACACUGUAAACUGGGGGUAGUGAGGUGAGUAUUACUGGGUAUUUCACACUGUAAAC